AAAGUCGGUUAAAUACUUAAACAGAUUAAAUAUCAAUUUUUGAUGUAUAUAUGUCUUACGAACGAUUAAAAUGAUAAUUAUUUUACUGACCAAAUCAUUCAUUGUAGGAUACUUUUAAGUUUUAUCAAAUUAUGUUUUUAAAAGGACAUAGAUAAUAAACAUUAUCUCGAUUUUAUAAACUACUGGUGUUUGUUGUUACAGUGUAGGUAGGCACCUGUACUGUACGUCGUUUUCACACCUUUCUAUUGUUUUGAUAACACUUAAUGAUGAGCACAUGAAGAUGUGAGGGUACUGGGGUAUACAAUGAUGGUGUACUGGGGUAUAAUAGGACGUCCCUAAUUAAAAAAUGGGGGGGGGGGGGGGUAAUUGAAAGUAAUGGGACAUCCCAUUAAAAAUACAGUAUUAUACACCAUUUUACACUUAUCAUUCCACCUGCCAACCUGUGUUAAAUAUUGAUAAGUGCAAUGUCUAAGGAAGAUUUCUUGUGUUGGGACAAUGACAUUGAUUUGGAUGAACUUUUAGGGGAGUAUACAGACCAUGAAGAGAAGUCUGGUGACCAGCCACCAAAAGAAGAACAAAGUUACCAGUGCCCUGACUGUAAGAAGAUCCUGAAAUCCAUAUCUGGUUUUCGAGGACACAUGACCAAGCAGCACAAGAAAAGCAAAACAAAAGCUAGUGACCACAGAGUUACAGCAACUUCUUGUGCCACUGCAGGAAACAGCAAAUCUCCUUCCCCCUCCUGCUCCGUGGACAUUGAGAGCAUUCUUCAUGAGGCAAGUCUUCGAACUCUGACAAGAUUAGAAGAAUGUCCAAUGCACAAUUUGUUCGGGGAAAGUGUAAUCGUGAGGUUGGCCAGAUUUUGCAGCAAGGCCCAGUUCUUGGAGCAACCUUUAGUGGGACACUUGAAAGAAAUAUUCAGCUCCAAUUUGUGUGAUCCUCAUUCAAGGGAACUGUUCUUUACAAAGUUUCAUUCACUGAGGCUAUCGGAAUGUGUUCAGACAGAGUGUGUUUCAUUGUUCAUUCUGAAUGGAUGUGAGGAGAAGAUAGAAGACAUUAUCCACUUCCUGCAAGAGUUUCUCCUUGAGUUACCAUCCGAAAUUCUUGGACGUCUUCUGCAAGAAAACAGGACAACGUCCAACACACUUGCUGACCAGAUUUCGACCAUGGACCAGCAAAUCCUCUACUACAUCUCAGGAUUCAUCGUGGCCAAUAUAAAGAAAAAGUGCCGGCGAAUGACUUCAGCAUAUCGAGAGGGGAGACUUCAGCUAUUGGAAAAACUGUCCUGUAAAGCAGAGAAUUCGAGUUUUGUGACCAAGUUUGAUGCAUGGUUGAGGAAAAACAGUCGCGGGGGCCUAUUGAGACCAAGUGACAGUUUCUAUUUGCUUGUGCGGGAGCUGGAAAUCGUCAUCAGGAAAAUUCCGGACUAUAGCCACAGCCACAUCAGUUGCAAAGUUAAGGAGUCCAUGAUGGAGUCUUUCAUGGUGAACCAUUAUUUGAAGCAGCUAUUCGGUGAAAAUUCAGAGAGAGACCUGUCACCACUUUUAGAGGACAUUAUAUGUGUAUUUCUGACUGUUCGAGGAUUUGCCACUGCACGAGUUCUUCGCAACAAACUUAGUGGAAGGACCAGCAAACAGAGUGACAGUUUACGCCAGGCACUGAAGUCAAAGAACAACAACUGAAUCCCAUUUACAGUGCUUGCUGACUGUGUUGUUGAAAUGUGUCACACUAGUUUUAAAUAAUUUAUAUAUCAAAUGUUACUGUUUAAUAUUUCUCUUAUGGUGCUGCAUUUCAUGUUUUCAUAUUUGAACUGCUCAAGAUAUGUGAUACUUAAACCACUUGAUAAUCAUUUUCUAUGGAUUGAGAAUAAUUAAGUUGUUUUUCAUGCUUAUAACAAUUCUUGUCAUUUGAUUAAUAAAAAGUUGAA